CGGCCGUGCCUCCCCCCGCCGCUGGCCAUGGGCUCCCCCCGCCGCCCCCAGCCCCCGCCGCCGCCGCCGCCGCCGCUCCCCCCGGCGGUGCCCUCCCCGCCGGCGGCCGCGCGGGGCGAGCGGCUGCGGGCGCUGCACUGGGAGCCGCUGCCCGCGGCGCGGGUGCGGGGGCGCCGCUCGGUGUGGGCGCCGCGGCCCCCCCCGCCGCCGCUGGACCUGCCCCGCCUGCGGCUGCUGUUCCGAGAGCCCCGCGGGGCGACCCCCUGGGCAGCGCCCGACGCCCGCGGCAGCGCUGCUGGAGCCCAAGCGGAGCCUCGCCCUCGGCGUCUUCCUCAAGCAGCUCAAGCGGUGGCGCGGCUGCGUGCCUUCUCUGGCAGCCCCUGGCAGCUCCCCGACCCUGAGCUCUUCAUGCUGCUGCUCACGGAGGUGCCCAGCUACACCCAGCGCCUGGAGCUGCUCGUGCUGCAGGAGGAGUUCUUCCCCCGGCUGAGUGCCCUGCGCGGCUCCAUCCAGACCCUGACGGAUGCCGCCACGGAGCUGCUGGAGUGUGAGGAGCUGCACACCAUCCUCCACCUCAUCCUCAGCACGGGCAACCACCUCAACUCGGGCGGCUACGCCGGCAGCGCUGUCGGCUUCCGCAUCGCCUCGCUGCUGAAGCUGCCUGACACCAAGGCCAACGAGCCAGGCGUGGACCUGCUGCACUUCGUGGCCAUGGAGGCGGCGAGGAUGCAGAGGGACCUGCUGGACUUCCCGAGCAAGCUGCCGCACGUGGGCCCGGCCUCGCGGAUCGAGCAGGCGGAGGUGGAGGGGGAGCUGCGGCGGCUGUCGGGGCGCCUGGCCGGGGCGCGGAGCCUGGGCGCGGCGGGGCUGGGGCCGCGGCUGCCGCCGUUCCUGCGGGCGGCCGAGGAGGAGCUGCGCGGGACGCGGGCGGCGAUGGAGCGGCUGCACCGCACCGCGGCCGCCGCGCUCGACUUCUACUGCGAGGAGGCGGCGCCGGGCGGGCUGCAGGAGCUGUGCGCGGUGCUGCACGGCUUCGCGGGGCGCUUCCUCGGCGCCGUGCAGGAGAACCGGGCGCGGGAGCAGGCGCGGCGGCGGCGGCAGCAGCUGGAGCUCCAGCGGCAGAAGCGCCGCUCCAGUCGCCUCCUGCUCGGCGCGGGACGCGGAGCCGGGCGCCCCCCGCCCGCUCCCCGCCCUGCCGCCGCCCUUCGCCGCCCCCCCGGCCCUGCAGCGGCGCCACACGGCCCCCGAGCUGCCCGCGCUGCCCGAGCCGCGGGGGGGCCCCGAGCCCCGGCCGCCCGAGCCCCCCGCCCCAGCCCCCGCGCCCUUCUUCGGGCUGUUCCAGCGGAAGGGGCCCGGCGCCCCCGGCCCGGCCCGCGCUGCCCCCUCCGAGGGCUCGGCGCUGCUCGGCUUCCUGCGGCGCCUGGCGGGGGGGCGGGCACGCGGGGCCCCCCCCAGCUGAGGGCCCGGCGGGAGCCGGGGGCUGCCGGCGCCUACCCCGAGCCCAGCGGGUUUUAUCCUUCUCCGCGCGCGUCUCUUUUCCGAGUGUCAAUAAACGUUGUGGGACCCCCCCUCCGCUGUGGGACCCCCCCCUGGCAAGUGCUCACAGCAUCGCAGAAUGACAGAAUGGCUGAGGUUGGCAGGGACCUCUGA